GAAAACGCUACAGAAGAAGAAGAGAAUAAACUCGUUGCUCUAAAUCAUACGAGUCUGUAGCUAACUGGUUUCCAGCUUCAGACCAGCGGGUUAACUGGUUCCCAGUGAGAUAAAUGAAGACAGAUUCUUCUCCUGGGUUCACUUCAAUGUUUUAUCUGUCAGUGUGAACUAGAAGCAGCUCCACAGAGAUGAAAACAGCCCGCAGAGACUCUGAGCGGAGCUAGCGAUGCUAACGAUGCUAACAGGCUCCAGCAGCAGCUGUGGCUCCUAAACUGGAGCUUCAGCUCCAACAGAGCUGAAUCAAAGCUCUACAACUCUGGUUUAGACGAUAAGAUGCUGAGCUUCCGGUCUGAAGGCCAGAAGAUGGAAGAUCAGGACAGAGCAGAACCUCCAGGACCCAUCAGUCCAUCUGUGAGGAGUGACCGGUCCAAACCAGAACCUCCAGAGUUCAGUAAUGAACCUGAACCAUCAGACAGAAAGAGGAGGAAGUGUGAAGAAAGACCCAGAACUGGAUCUGAACGGCCGACAGCCAAUCAGAGCAGCUGUUCUCCAGAGGAAAAACUUUUUAAGGUUCGCCCUGAGUUUGUGGAGAAAGUUUCUGAGGAAAUCCUGAAACAGCUCCUUGAUGACCUUCUAUCAGAUGGCGUCUUUAAUCAUUCAGAGAUUGAAGGUAUACUGCAGAAGAACCCAAUCAGAGCAGAAAAGGCCCGCGACACCAUAGAUGCUGUGAUGAAGAAAGGACAGAGAGCCUGCAGAUUGAUGAUCAAACGUCUUCAUCACAGAGAUCCGACUCUGUCCAACCAGCUGCGUUUGUCCUCUGACUCCUCUGGUCCAGAUUUUGAUAUUCGGUGUCAACGUGAACUUAAAGCGUCUCUGAAGAAGAAGUUCCAGAGUCUCUCUGAAGGCGUCGCUGAACAUGGAAAUAAAACCGUUCUGAACCAGAUCUACACAGAGCUCCACAUCACAGAGGGGUUAACUAGAGAGGUCAACCAGGAACAUGAGGUCAGACACAUUGAAACAGCAUCCAGGAAACAAGAAACAACGAUCAGAAGAGAAGACAUCUUCAGCCAAUCAGAUCCCAGCAACAUUUGUUGA